GUGGAUCCCUUGCCUGUUGCGCUAUACAAUUUCAAUGCGAGGACGAGGCGUGGCUUCAAUGACCCACGAGCUGGCUUUGUGGUGAUCGCUCGACAGACCUCUUUGUCACUACUCACGCACUAAUCAAUAAUUCACCACAUGCUGACCUCGGCGAGGUGAGGCUGACGUUGCGCAAGUAAGAACUGGGCCACGACGCAGACCGCGCAUCAAGAACAAUCGUCUCGACAUGCCUCGGCGACAGCACAUCACCCUACUCACUAUCAUUGGCGUGGCUACUUUCCUUGGGAUCUCCUUCGUGUCCAUAUUUCGGAACAACGCAGAGGGCACGCGACAUCCCGACUACCUUCCACAGUACAACGGACCCAGCGGCGGCUUGAAGAUUGAUGAUGGGAUUCUACAUGGAGAAGCCACGGCACCGAAGCUCGAGAACGCCACCCUGAAGGCAGAGCUUGGAAACGCAGCAUGGAAGGUGCUCCACACGAUGAUGGCGAAGUUCCCUGAUCGGCCGACAGAAGAAGACAGCGACGCGUUAAAAUCCUACAUCCACCUUUUUGCACGACUCUAUCCCUGUGGAGACUGCGCCCGGCAUUUCCAGAAGCUAUUGAAGAAGUUUCCUCCGCAGGUUACGUCGAGAUCGACCGCAGCCGCGUGGGCUUGCCACGUUCAUAAUAAGAUCAAUCAGAGGUUGAAGAAGGACCUGUUUGACUGCUCGAAGAUUGGGGACUUUUAUGAUUGUGGUUGUGCAGAGGAUGAGCAAGGGAAGAGUAAGGACGGUUUUACAAAGCUGGAGCUGGAGAAGGAAGGAUUGACGAGAGGAGGUUGAUACUGAUAGUUUCUUGUAACAUAUAUGGGAAAGCAUUGACGGGGUUGUGAAGCAUGGCGUUUAUGGUGGAGGCUGGUUUAGCAUUAUUCCCAUCAUAGGACUGCUGGGUCUGCAUUUGAGCGCCUUUUCCCAAAAUCGCUCCACGCUUGGGAGCAGAAUUCAGAAUGCGAAGACACAGCUUAUUGCAAAUACUGUGAAGGUGUGACUCAUAUUCUUCAAAUUUGAGGGCCACAUUGAUUAGCCAU